AUGGCGCCCAAGGCCCCUCUCUUCGUCUAUGGAACAGCCUGGAAGGAAGACAGGACUGCUGGGCUCACCGAGAAGGCUGUUGUGAACGGCUUCGCUGUUGUCGACACCGCCAACUACCCGACAGCGUACAACGAGCCGUUGACUGGUGAUGGGAUUGCUGCCGCGAUCCGGUCCGGCAUCAAACGCAGCCAUCUGUUCAUCCAGACCGAAUUCACUCCCGCCUGGGCGCACGGCAAGGACAAGAUCCCUUUCAACCCUGACCAGAGAGUGGAGGGCCAGGUAAAGGAUUCGAUCCAGCAGAGCGUCGAGCACCUCCAAGUUGACUACUUGGACGCCCUCCUGCUUUAUGUCCCCUUUUCAGAUGACGAUGAUAUGCUCACGGCCUGGAAAGUCUUCCAGACCUUUGUGCUGAAUACUAUCUGCUCCCUCGGCAUCUCUAACGUUGAGCUAUUGCAGCUGGAGAAUAUCUACGCCAACUCCACUGUGAAGCCGACUACAUACGACGUUACCUACCAGGCAUUCUGGAUGCUCAGGCACAACCUAGAGGUCCUGGACUCCAAUCUCCUGGCUUCCGUGGCCAAAAAGAUGAAGGUUGAGAAGGAGCUUGCUUUCUAUAUCCUCAUUCUGGGUUUGGGCGGGACGCAGGUCCUCAAUGGCACGACCAGGUCUGAGACCAUGCUUGAGGACUUGAGGACUGUCGACCAAGUGUUUGAAGACGAGACGCGACUGCGUGGCUUGCAGCCAGACGUUGACGAGUUCCGCAAGCUUCUGCUCAAGCUUGUCAGUUGA